CUUAUCAGAGUCCUUUCUCCCAAGGUCUCUGAUGGGCUUGCUAUAUAACAAAGCUGGCUGCGUGCUCAGGAUCUAUUUAUUCACUUGAACAAUGUGUUGUUGUCUUUUUCGGUACCAUUAGAUGAAGAUCUAGAAGAGCAAAACCAAUCUGCAAAAUUCUGGAAUCUAAUGAUAUAUAACUGCAAUAUCAAAGUAGUGUUAAUGCUUGUCAGCUGAAAAAAAGACGAUCCACACAUCACCGCUUUAUACACAAAAACACAAAGAGACCAGAUUUCUGUGGACGGAGACAGAAUGAUCCUGUUGUGGGUUUACUUUCUUUUGAUAGGAAUGCAAUGCAUUGAAUGCCACGUCUGUGCAAGCAAUGGGACAACCAGAUCUUUCUCAUGUGUGGGAAUCAAAGUUCUACAGAUGCCUACUGACAUUCCACAGAACACGACCUAUGUGGAAAUUAAGAUGACCAAGUUGAAAGUGAUCCCGAGUGAAGCCUUCUCUGGACUCACCGACCUGUACAGAAUUGUUAUCACAGAGAAUUUUGCACUGGAAGAGAUAGGACACCGUGUCUUUAGAAAUCUCCCAGGACUGCUGGAAAUAACAAUUGCUAAGUCAAUAAACCUUGUUAUCAUUCACAAAGAUGCUUUCUGGAAUCUACCAAAUCUAAAAUAUCUAACCAUAUCAAACACUGGACUCAAGAUUCUGCCAGAUUUCUCAAAAAUUACUUCCAGACAACAUGGGUUUUUAUUUGAUCUCCAGGAUAAUACAAAUAUAGAACUUAUUCCUCCGGAUGCCUUCCUGGGACUGAGCAAUGAUUACAUAUCUGAGCUCAGGCUGACUAAGAAUGGGAUUAAUGAAGUACAGAGCCACGCAUUUAAUGGCACCAAACUGGAAAAGCUCUUUCUCACAGGAAAUGUAAAUCUUCGAAAAAUACACAAUGAUGCCUUCCAGGGAGCACAGGGUCCUGUUGUUCUAGAUAUUUCCAGUACAAGCAUCAGCAUUCUGCCAAAGAACAUGCUGAAGAGUAUUAAAAAGUUCAGUGCUACCUCCACUUACAAUCUAAAAAAGCUGCCCAACUUAGAUAUCUUUACUGAACUGAUCGAAGCCAACUUGACCUAUCCUAGCCAUUGCUGUGCAUUUGCAAACUGGAAAAAAAAUCAGUCAGCAAAAAAUCCAAUGUGCAACAUUCCCCACAUAGACCAAGAUGAGCCUGGCUGGUACAAUGAGCACUGCAGGAAAGUGACUGAAGUAACGUGCUACCCCAGACCAGAUGACUUCAAUCCCUGUGAAGACAUAAUGGGACAUACCUACCUCAGAGUAUCAAUAUGGUCGAUAAGCAUCUUGGCCAUAACAGGCAAUCUUGUUGUGCUCAUCGUGCUAAUGACCAGCCGGUACAAACUAACAGUGCCCCGUUUCCUCAUGUGUAACUUGGCCUUUGCAGAUCUCUGCAUGGGGAUUUACCUGCUGAUUAUUGCUUCUGUGGACAUCCACACUAAGUCACAGUACUACAACUACGGCAUAGACUGGCAGACUGGCUUGGGGUGCAGUACUGCAGGCUUCUUAACCGUGUUUGCCAGCGAGUUCUCAAUGUACACGCUCACCAUGAUCACCCUAGAAAGGUGGCACACCAUCACCUACGCGAUGCAGCUGGAAAGAAAGCUGCGCCUGUGGCACGCCUGCGCCAUGAUGCUGAGUGGGUGGGUGCUGUCUUUCUUGAUAGCACUCCUCCCCAUUGUGGGGGUGAGCAGCUACAUGAAAGUCAGCAUCUGCCUGCCCAUGGAUAUUGACACGCCCCAUUCUCAGGCCUACAUCAUGUUCAUCCUGCUGCUGAACGUCAUCGCCUUCUUCGCUAUUUGCAUCUGCUACUUGAAAAUCUACCUGACGGUUCGGAACCCCAGUUUUGUCUCGGCGAGCAGUGACACACGGAUCGCUAAGCGCAUGGCCAUUUUGAUUUUCACAAACUUCAUCUGCAUGGCGCCCAUUUCCUUCUUUGCCAUCUCCGCCUCCCUGAAGCUGCCCCUCAUCACUGUCUCCAAUUCCAAGAUCCUGCUGGUCCUGUUUUAUCCCAUCAACUCCUGCUGCAACCCCUUCCUCUACGCCAUCUUCACCAAAAGCUUUAAAAGGGACUUCUUCAUUCUGAUGAGUCAAUUCGGGUGCUUUAAAAAACAGGCCCACAUAUACAGAACAGAGACAUCUUCAGCUCACUACUCCAACAACAGAAAUGGAACAUGGGUUUCCACCCUGAAAACCAGUGAAGCCACCUUGUAUUCACUGGUUCCUCUGGACCCUCAGCACAACACUCCAGGGAGAGCUACAGUCAGCAAAGGAAACAAAGGUGAUGCACCACAAUCACCUGUUCAAUGAUUGAGUACACAGGGCAACAUGAGGCUGAUUUUCAGAUCUUUUUUCCUGGCACUGCUCUUUCGAGGAUUGAAUACUCUUUCCUUAAACAUCUAAACUCCACAUUUAAAAAAUGAACUAGUGUCCUUCUGCUAUUGACAUUGAGCUGAAUAUGCAGAACAUUUUGGUCUUCAUCUGGAAAAGGCUGUUGCUGUUCCCCACGAUUGUUGAACAUAAUAUUCGUUUCCAGGUUAUGGUUCUGGAUUAUCUUUAUUAUUCCUGCAUCCUGAAGUGACUGACAUUUUUUCCCGGUAUUAUUUAAAUACCAAAUACUUAAAGACGUACUGUAUUUUUUAGUUUUAACUACACUUUUAAAUGGAACUUUCUUGUUGUGCCAACAAUAUUUUCUUAUUCAUGAGUAUUACUUAUUCGGCACUCCAUUCUGUCUGAUGGCAUGUGUCCUGGAUCCAGGCAAACCAACAUAAUACAGACGUCUUAAGGAAAGGUACACUUACAAAAUAACUAAAUCUUCUGCCUCCAAGGCACAUUAAAUUUUUAGUUCUGUUUUAACAAGCUGUACAGUAUGUGACAACUUAAAACGUAAUGGUGUAUACUUUGAUUAAUAUUUUCAGCCUCUAUUUGUUUUGUGGUGUGUAUAUAGUGAAUUUACUUUUUGUGUGGUGCUUUCAUUAAAGCCUGUCUGUGGAGGCUGGGAGUUUGCAGUGAAGAAAAGAGGACAAGAUCUGCCGGCAACUGUUUCUACUCUCAGCUGACACAGGACAUUUUUUAUCUUUUCAAUCAGGUCAAGGGAAGUCAUAUUUGGACAGGCAGCUUUAAAACAUGACAUAAUGUGCUCAGGAUUAUAAUCUGAUUAAAGUCUGGGGUAGAUUUACAUUAACAAUAAAUGCAAAUGUUUCAAUUUGUCUUUUGCUGUUUUUCCUAUUGUAAGUGUGCAUACAUGUGUAUAAGUGUAUUAAAAUUUAGUUUUGCAAAUUAGGACUCAACUUCUUCAGCAAAUAUUUUUUUUUACUGAGGAACAAUUUCAGAUGAGAAAUGUGUUCAAUAAAUUCAUGUAAAAACCUGUAUUUUUAUAAUUAGCUUUUAUAUUCCUCUCCUAGGACAGAAUCUUGAAGUUAGCAAUGUUCCCACAGUGAAUUGGUAUUAAAACAUUUGGCUUUUCUGUGAUUUAACUGGAGAGGUCAGAUGCUUGACCCCCAUAGAAAAAACCAAAUGCACAAUGAGACUUACAUUUUAAGACAGUUUUUUAAUGGAUUUCCUCAACUUGCUGAGCGCUCUUACCCCAGCUAGGUAAUAGGGACUCGUGUAGGCUUUUGAUAUGUACAAUACAUUAAUAUACACUGUAUGCAGUCAUUUAUUUACAAAGCAAACGUGCAAAUCUUUGUGCAUGCUCUACAGCAUGUGAUGUGUGAUAGUGGUGUUUAAAUUACUGGAACUGGGGAUGCAUCAAAAUGCAGUAAUACGUAAUUGCUAGAACAUGCUAGUCAUCCAUUUCAUUCAGUGUUCAUAUCUCCGACGCUUCUUAUUCACCACAUCUUGCGCAUUCAAGGUCAUUGUGACCUGACAGUGAAAUUCACGCCGUUAGUAAUUAUGGAGAUGGAGACUGUAAGGAAGACAGGCAAAAGUAGAAAAUAAGUUUAAACUUUUUAAAUGUGGUCAUUACAGGCUAUAAAAGCACACACCUUUAUGAUACAAGAUCAAAACCAUGACAACUGGGAUUGUUAGAACUUUAUAACAUGGGAAGGGAAAAAUACAGCAACAAAACUAAGCUGAUGUAAAUGCUUCUUGUUUCAUUACUUUUACUUUGGGAUCAUUAAACUGCUUUUCAUGUAUUUUUGUUUUCUGAGAAGAUCAUGCCUCUAGUUCAUUGUGUGAUAUUUGUCAAUAUGUUGCUUUUUAAAAAGAUUGCCCUACUUAUUUUACUGCAGCUCCUAACAAAAUAAACACUGUGUGUCUUAUCCUGUACAAUAAAACGUAACUAGACCCAUGAGUCCACAGUCAGUUCUUAAGAAAGGGAUUUAGAAAGAUAAGCUCAUAUACUAGCUUGUAAUAAGUGCAAUUGUAAAAUGAACAGAACUUGACAGUCUUAUAAAAAUAUAUUUUAAAAAAAACUCUCCCAGAAAAUAACAUCUAAUGUCAAAGAUAAAGUAUAUUUGAAACAGGUCAAAGAAUCUUCUUUAAGAGACAUCAAAGAAAUAAGAAUGGAACAUUUUAUGUCAAUUUGUUCUAUUUUCAUCCUGUUGGAUUUAUGGGGCAGGCAGCUUUGCGUGCUAAGCCAAAAUAUGACCUAAUUGUUGAUUGUGUCUCUUUGAUCAAAAAACACAGCUAAUUUUGUUUGAAUCCUUUAGACUUCUGUCAGCUGCCUUGGUAGAAUGGGAAUCCGAAACACAUAAACACGUUAUCAUUGUGAAACAACACUCACUGUGUUUAUCUGUCUAAUAAUCCCAAGUUUAAGAACCUUCUCUCUUAGCUGUUUAAGGUGUUUCUGUUUUACACCCUUAGUGUGUUUAAAAUGUGUUGCUAAUGUCUUUAACAUUUCAAAAUGAUCUGUACAGCCUGCUAUAUUAAGUACUCUCAUGAUUAUUGAUUUUGAUUCAUCUGGUUUUUCCUUUUCCAAACUCUACUUAUCCUUUCUGUAAUCCCUGAAGUGGAACAGCUUUUCUUUCUGUACAAAAUAUUUAAUUGUAAUAUUCCUUUCUCUGCCUUGUGCUGCCUGAGAAAGGGGGUUGUGUGAUAACUUUAAAGACAGAUCCCACAUAAAAUCUGA